UGAAACAAUCUAGUGGGUGCAUGCUAUCCCAACGAAAGCUUUUCUGGCCUCAAGGUUGGUUUGGGGUUCGAACUCAUUCCACCGUAUCGGUUGCGCAGAAAUUUUAGGUUUGCACAGCGGACGGCGUCCGAAGUGAGGAUCACUUCUCUUCUGUGGUCUGAUCCACAUUGCAGGGGACGGAUGAAUUGUUUCGUGCAUGCAGCUCUGUUCGCCGUUGGAUGACGAGAAUGCCAGGACUUCGUUCCUUGUUUUGGAAGAUACGACGUCCAAAUCCAGAUCCUGCCAUGGUGUUUUUGAUUUGUUUUUUCUCGCCUGUGCGAUCAAGCGUACAACAUCUUCAAGCCUCGCCUUCCACUCCGGCCGUAUCGUUCUUUCACGGUGACGACUGCGAUAGUGCCGUAGCGCACACGGAUACCAAUUUUCGCUUCGCUUCCUGCAUUCGACCGGCUGUGUCAUUCAAAAUAACCAAUUCUGUAUCGUGAACGGUCCAAAGCGCCGGAUCCUCGUGCAAGCGUUUACGCAUGAUGUAGCGUGGAUGAAGAUUGUCUUCACAAUACAAAGGUACAAAGGGACGACGGCCACGUACCUCGCGCACUCAGCAUUCUCCCUUACGUCGCUGACGACCUCUUGCACACUCAGUAUCAACUCGACGCUCGAACCUACAUUGAGCUAUUGAUUCAUACUCUGUGAUAAUCAACAAUGGGCAACUCUUCGUCUUCGUCUAUACACCAUGAACACGAGCGCCGAAUGGCGGAGAUGCAGGCUCGCGUCAGGGCUCAGCAGCAGGAAGCCGAGGCUGCCCGAGCGCAUCAGCAGUGGCUGGAAGCCCAAAGACAGCAACAGGAGGAACAGCGGCGCAUAGCCGAAGAGCAGCGCAUCAGAGCAGAGGAAGAGGCUAGGCGAAGGGAGGCAGAGAGA